AUGUUCAACGUGCAGAUGUUGAAGCUUUGGCUUGCCACUUGGGCCAUUACGCUUGCAGACGAGCUAGACCUCCUGAGCGAGGAUGUGUGUGAAACAGGCUCCGAAGAGUGCCAUCUUUCACUACGUCAGCUCCGUGGCCAGCGCAGCCAAGCAGAGGUUCGCCUCCACGAGCAUGGAAAUCAGCAGGACAUCCCCCUUGCAAACGACACUUCAGUGCAGCAAGAAUGGCCGAUGACAGGUUCCGCAAGCGGGUUCUGCGCCUUUGCAAGCGAGCGGAGCGAUCCAUCUCUUGGAUCCCUCGGUGCAGCCCCCACAGAUCCGGAAGAGAUCUUGAAGGUUUGUGAGAUGGCCAAGAAAUACCCCGGUCACAGUUCUGAGCCAGGAACCGAAUGUGCCACACCAGCAGCAUGUCCGCAGUGCAAUGGCGUCUGGUGCGAAGGCACUGUGAAGUCCUUGUUGCAGACGCAGGCCCAGAAUGAGACCGAUGCCUACCCCUUGCAGAGCGACAACGAGACCGCCAAGACAUGGCCAAUGACGGAUGCAGCCAGCGGUUUCUGCGCUUAUCCGAGUGAGCGAAGUGAUCCGAUGCUCGGGAGUGACAAGUUGGGUGCAGCCCCCACAGAUCCGGAAGAGAUUUUGAAGGUCUGCGAGAUGGCGGAGAAGUACGAAGGACACAGGGCGGUCCCGGGCACGGAGUGUGCUUCUCCAAGCACUUGUGGUGGAUGCAAUGGCGUGUGGUGCAAUGGCACCGUGAAGUCAUAA